GCAGGAGUACCACCCCCACGAUAUUGCCACGUAUAUGACAUGUCACCGGAUUUAGGGUCCCACUUUUUUGUGAUUAGAUAUUUUAAGCUUCUCCAUUUGCUUUAUCAUGUCCAGUACAAAUUUUUUUCGAAAUAUGAUGUCCAGUUACAAUUGACAGUACCAAAAGCGCGAGGAGAGCUUCCAUUCUCUUCACAGUCAGCAAGCCAAACAGCCAACCUGAACAAUUCACUAGGGGUGAAACUGCUUCGCGUGCUCCAGCAAGUUCUUCUGCGUUCUUGGCUUUUAGGCUCUCCCUUACAUUUGAAUUAUAAACGUCACUUUAAGGUGGACGAAGGAUUUAAGGGAAAAAUGUCUCUUUGUGUAGUGAAUCAUAGGCUUGAUUUUCACUCUUUUACUUCAUUCUCUCGGGAAAGAUCAGCCCUCAACCCUACUCGUAGUUUUCAGUUUCACUCGAACUUCUCAUCCUCACCUGUGAAUCACAAUUACAGUUUAAAACCUCUGACUUGCUUUGCUGUUUCAAGGAGUUCUGAUUCAAACCUUGACCCUAACUCUAACCCCAAACCAAAAUUCAAACCCAAAAGGAGUGCACACCAGAAAAACAAGGUACCUCAAGAUGAAGAUGGAAAUAAUGGCAGAAUCUUCCCUACAACAAUCCCCAAGAAGCCGAGGCGUGGUCGUAAGAGUGAAGCAGCUGCUGUUGAAGAUUAUAUACGGAAUUCGCUUGAACAGACAUUUACAUCAAUCAGGCAGCAGAAUUCAGAAAUUCUCGAAGAUAAGGAUAAUAUCAUGAAGGAUAGAGUUGAUAGUGAAAUCGAUUCUGAUGGCAGCGAUGACGACAGCGAUGAAGAUGAUAACAGCAGAAAAAAGGAGAUGGUGGUUGAGGAAGAUAAUCCAAAUUGGCCACUGGAUGCAGAUGUGGGGUGGGGAGUUAGAGCAUCAGAGUACUUUGAAGAGCAUCCAAUCAAGAACGUUAUAGGGGAAGAUGGUGUUGAGAUUGACUGGGAAGGGGAGAUUGAUGAUAACUGGGUGAAGGAAAUCAAUUGUCUGGAGUGGGAGAGCUUUGCAUUUCAUCCAAGCCCGCUAAUCGUUCUUGUUUUUGAAAGAUACAACAGGGCAGCUUAUAACUGGAAGGUACUGAAGGAAUUAGAGAAGGCAGCAAAGGUGUACUUGAGUGCAAAAGAUCGAUUGCCUCCUCGGAUGGUUAAGAUUGACAUCAACAUUGAGAGAGAUUUGGCAUACGCUCUUAAAGUUAAAGAAUGCCCACAAAUUUUAUUUUUACGAGGAAACAGGAUUGUAUAUAGGGAAAAAGAAAUGCGAACAACAGAUGAGUUGGUUCACAUGAUCGCACAUUUUUACUAUAAUGCGAAAAAACCUUCAUGGAUCAGUGAUGCUGCUUUCUAUCCACCGGUUUAAUUCUAUUCCAGGUGAGAUGUAUAGGCUGUAACCAAUAUUAAGUUGAACAUAUUGGUGGGAGCAUGUGAUCUGGGACGUCAUGGCUGCUCUUAUUUUUCAGUUCAAUGCAACAGUUUGAGUGAAUGGUGAAAUCCAGACUGAAUCUCCAACUACUUUUUUGACCGGUUGAAUUCUUACGCAGCACCAGCCUUCAUGUGUUGCUCAUAUUCCAAUCAAAUUACAAACAUGCAAAGAUGAAUUAACAAACAUUUAUGUACCGAUAGUUGACAAACAUUUCUGUUACAUUAAUUAUUUAGCCACUACGAUUACCUAGUGCAA